GUGAUUAAGUCAUUAAAUACCCUGAAGGUGGGAGAAGAGGCACCCUGUACUCCGUGAGCUCCUCACUCCUGGAGCACUGUGAACUUGGUGGUUGCGUUUAUAUCAGAGGCUUUUUUCUGGUUGUGGUAGUUGCUGGAAAAAUCCACUUCAAUCCUGAGGAUAACAGCAUUAACACAGCUUUCUGCUCAGGCUAAGUGUAAUGAUUAAACACAGUGAUGGAGCUGAAGUAAUGUGACUUAGCAGUGAGUGAAAAGACCUCCCUGGUGACCAGAAUUGAGGUGGCUCCUGUGGUGAGCUCUCUGCAGACCUGUGUGCCCCUGUGUGUGAGUUUCUCUGUUUCUAAAUCUGUGUUGUUUUAGAAGUUCCAUGUAUAAGCAGGCGUGGCCUCUGCAGGGAAGAUCAGCUGUGGCAAACUGGAGAUCUGGUAAUGUCCAUGUGUGCUGACACUACAGAGAGUGGUUCUCAGGAAUUCUUAAACUCCAAAAGGCAGCUUGUCUUCAGACCUUGAACUGGUUUAAGAAGGGUAAAGCUUCACUCGAACUGAGACUAGAAUGGACAGUUACUUCAAAGCUGCGGUGUGUGACUUGGACAAGUUGCUCGAUGAAUUCGAGCAGAACACAGAUGAAUAUGACUGCCUCAGAACACCUCAAAACCCAUGUGACUCAAAACACCGUUCCCUAUUCUCAGUCGUGGGGUGCUUACAACAUGCAUUCCCAGCACCAGAGCUGCCAGAGGAUGCUGAUAGCUGCCCUUCCCCAAAGAAGACCCCUCUUGCUAGCCACGCUGGGACGAGGAGUAUGCUGCUCAGUCACUCACCACCGCAGGAGCAGAGUGUUGCUGGACCUGAUCUUCUGUCCACUGUGGACAGUGGUUCCGUAAAUGAAAUGGAGGCUUCUAGCCUGGGAAGGUGUGGCAUACCUGUGUGUGAUCUUGUUAAUGACACGGCUGAUUUAAUCCAUGCUCACCAAGGUUCUCAGAAGUCGCAGCCAGAUGACUUCCAGUGCAGCCAAGGGUCAAUUGGCUUUGGCCUGUCUUGCAUACCUGUUCCUAUUUGUGUGUCAUCAUCUGGUUGCAGGGGUGCUUCCAGCACAGAGCAGAGUGAUGGGGACUCAAUGCUUCAACAUUCAGGGCACCUCACAACAGAGGAAAUGAAUCAUUUAGCUUUAAAAUCAGACAGUUACACUACAGGAGAGAUCUCGGAUUCAUGCGAUGAUCAACACAGGACAGAACCUGUAAAGUGCAGUGAAGUACUUGAUCAGCCUGAAAAAGCUGCUCACCUUGAUAUUGAAUGUGUCCCUGUAACAACACAGAAUUCAAAUGCAAAUAGUCCCAAAGAUGAGAAAGCUUGUGAAAAACUGCCUUGUGAAUCAGAAGAUGAUAGUGCAUGUUCUGCAGUAAGCAAAGAGAUGCAUGGAGGAAAUGCCAUAGGAAAGGGAGACCCAAAAGAUGGGACUAAUGCUGUAUCCGUGCUUUCAGAUCUGCUCAAGAGGCAUCAGGUGCACAAAACCCAUGCAACAUUACCUGGAAUUUGUGUUGCACCAGGCUCCUCGUGUCAAACAGGAGCUGAAGUACAACUGGAAAAGAAAAUCACAGAAGACAAUGUAUGUAGUGAAGAACUUAACAGCAGCGAGACACUAAGGAGUGUUUCCAGUUCGUGUAUUUCAGCUGAGGAUGUCCAGACCUCUCUGUCAUGUCUCCCUAUGUCCAUGUGCGGUUCAUUAGUUGUAACAGAAGAAAAGGUUAAUCCUCUACCUCAGAAUGCAGUGGCAGAGGUUAUUAGUGGUACUGUAGCUGUUCAUUCUGGAGCAUCUAAAACUGAUCCCUCUGGCAGGGAAUCCUGUGAAAAUACUGACUGGCAUGAGCAGGAAGAAUAUUUAGCUGAAAUCAGCAAAAGUAUUGUGGAAAACAGUGAGGAUGGAGCGCAGUGCAAUGUUCAGAGUGUAAUUGAUGGUGGUGACUCUCAGGAAAUUGAAGCUUUUGCUUCUGCUUUUCUAGACCUUGAGGUUGAGCCAUAUGGUGUUGGUGUGGACAGCUUCUAUGAUGAAAGUAUGAGCCCAGUUGUGGCUGACCUUACUGUGGAGGAGAGUGUUAUUAAAAGUGAUAUUCUAGUCAGCGACGGUGAGCUUGAUGAUUUCUUGUACGGACAAAGUCUGCAGUCCAAGGUGUUGAAGUCUUCAGACAAUGAUAGUAACUUAAUAGAAAAUUAUGCAAAUGAAGGGAAUGUAACAGAUGUGAACAACCUGGAUUUCACAGAGAUCACUGAAGAAUUUAUGCAAGCAAAACUGGAGGAGACAAUAAGCAUUAAUAGUAAUGUUAAAGCAUCUCUUCCUGCCAGCUGUUUGGAAGCUGCAGCAGAAGUUAAUGUAUCUCAUGGUCAGGAUGUGACUGAGAGUGGCAGUGAAGCUCUGGCUUCAGAUGUUCCUAAUGAAGGUGCAAGACCAAAGCAGUUGCUUGGCCUUUCCCAAGGAGCUGCUGGUCAGAAACAACUGAACAGAACAAAUGUACUUGAGAGAGAAAACCAGGAACAUGGUUCUGUUACCCCAGAAGUUCCCCUCUCAGGCAGCAGUGUAAGUGCUAGUAAGAACUCUGACCCUGGGGAAAGCAUCUCUGAAGCUGGAGGAGACCAAACAUCUGAAAACACAGAGUCACUUAAAACACCUGCAGCUCUGCUGUGGAAACAGCCACUGUGGGUCCCUGAUUCAGAGGCCCCCAACUGCAUGAACUGCCAAGUGAAAUUCACGUUCACAAAGAGACGACACCACUGCCGAGCUUGUGGGAAGGUUUUUUGUGGUAGCUGUUGCAAACGAAAAUGCAAACUACAGUACAUGGAGAAGGAGGCAAGAGUCUGUACUGGCUGUUACAAUGACAUUAAUAAAGCACAGGCAUUUGAAAGGAUGAUGAGUCCAACUGGUCUUGUUCCCAGUUCCAGUGUCUUCUCUGAACAUUCUGCUGUUCCACUGGUAGAGGAAGCCCAGAUGCCUGGUAGUGCCAGCUCCCCUUCACCUUCUGCAUUGUUGCCUAUCUCAGCCCUUAAACAACCUGGUAUUGAAGGGCUGUGCCCCAGAGAGCAGAGGAGGGUCUGGUUUGCAGAUGGUAUUUUGCCCAAUGGUGAAGUGGCAGACACGACAAAACUGUCCACUGGAGCCAAGAGGUCGUCACAGGACUUAAGUCCAUUGAACCCUGACUUGCCAGAGACUCAUAUGGCUGCAAACCCAGAGGAAGAUGACAUGUUAACUGAUGUAAAUCAAAAAUGGAAGGAAGAAAUUGAUAUUAUGACAAGAAGGGAGGAAACACAUCCUUCUGUUCCUUCAGACAAUGCACAGCACGGUGUCCCAGGCCAGAGUGAGGUGGUACCUAGUUACGAAUCUCUAGGAACUGAAGAGUGUUCUCCUACUGCAGAGGCCAAGAAGACCAGUUGCAGUGCAGUGCAUCAGGCUGCACAUGAUGUGUCUGUUAGUCCUUCAAGUUACAGAGCACUGUGUGGGGUCGAAAAGUGUGUGCGAAGAGACAUCAGCCUUCUUCCUGAUGGGGAUAACCUGCCACCACUUCUGCUGGCAGUGGGUGAAAAAGGAAAAGAUCCCGUGGUGGAGGAACAUCCAUCUCAUGAAAAGAUCACCUCGCUGCUUGGGGAAGGAGGUUCUAUUCCAUUAACUUUUAUCCUAAAUGCAAACUUGCUUGUCAAUGUCAAGCUAAUAACAUGUUCCUCAGAAAGGUGCUGGUGCUUCUCAACCAAUGGACUGCAUGGUUUGGGUCAGGCAGAAAUUGUCAUUCUGUUGCAGCGUUUGCCAGACGAAGAUGUUUUCCCCAGUGAAAUGUUCAAAUUAUUUCUUGACAUCUAUAAGGAUGCAAUGAAAGGAAGGUUUGUAAGAAACAUGGAAAACAUUACUUUUACUGAAAACUUUCUCAGCAACAAAGAGCAUGGAGGAUUCCUGUUUGUUUCACCAACUUUUCAGAAACUUGAUGAUCAGAUUCUACCGGAUAAGCCUUUUCUUUGUGGCAUUCUCAUCCAUAAGCUGGAAAUACCCUGGGCUAAAGUGUUUCCAAUCCGUUUAAUGUUGAGACUGGGAGCAGAAUACGGGGCCUAUCCAGCUCCUGUGGUGAGUUACAGGCACCGGAAGCCACUUUUUGGAGAGAUCGGGCACACAAUUAUGAAUCUGCUUGUUGACCUUAGAAAUUAUCAGUAUACUUUGCAUACCAUAGACAACCUUUUUGUUCAUGUGGAAAUGGGUAGAAGCUGUAUUAAAAUACCCCUAAAGAAGUAUAAUGAGAUAAUGAAGGUGAUAAAUUCUUCUAAUGAACAUGUAAUUAGCAUUGGAGCAAGUUUUAAUACCGAAGCAGAUUCUCACCUGGUGUGUGUGCAGAACAAGCAUGGCCUCUAUCACACACAGGCAGUCAGUGCCACAGGACAUCCCAGGAAAGUUACAGGUGCAAGUUUUGUGGUGUUUAAUGGAGCCUUAAAAACAUCUUCAGGAUUUUUAGCUAAAUCCAGUAUAGUUGAAGAUGGACUAAUGGUACAAAUAACACGAGAAACAAUGGAAAGCCUACGUCAGGCAUUGAGAGACAAGAAAGACUUCAGAAUUACCUGUGGAAAAAUGGAUACAGGGGAUGUAAAAGAAUACGUGGAUAUUUGCUGGGUAGAAAAUGAAGAGAAAACAAACAAAGGAAUUUUAAGCCCAGUAGACGGAAAAUCAAUUGGAGGAACUCAGAGUGAAAAAGCACCACAAGGCAGAGACUUCGAAAGAGAGGGAAAAGUUAUGAAGUGCACUGAAGUUUGCUAUUUUGUGAAGGACAAUGUACUCUCCAGUGCUGUUCCUCACCAGUUUGCUAAAGAGAUUGCCACUGCCUGCAGCACUGCUCUCUGCCCUCACCUCAAAACCUUGAAAAGUAACGGGAUGAAUAAAAUAGGCCUGAGAGUUUCCAUUGACUCAGAUAUGGUUGAAUACUUAGCUGGAUCUGGAGGUCACCUUCUUCCACAGAACUAUCUGAAUGACUUGGACAGUGCUCUGAUUCCUGUGAUUCAUGGUGGAAUGUCAGAUCCUACCAAUCUACCAGUGAAAAUGGAAUUAAUAUUUUUCAUUACAGAACACUUGUUUUGAUAAGGCUGAUGACAGGCAAUAUACUGAUUUGCUAGAUCUGAACACCAAAGUUAUAAUGCCACAAACACUAACAAUGUUAAAGUUUCUAAACCUGUUGCAUUCAAUAGCUUUUCAAACUGUUUUUUUAACCCCCUCUCUGGUUACUCUACCACAAAGGAAUUGCAGUUUGUAAUGUAUCCUAAAGUCCUGAAAGUUUACACUUAAUACAGGUGCAGAAGAGGGCAGGUUUUGUUAAUCUUUACACAGCUGUAGCAUUUACUAUGCCUAGUGUAACUCCAAGCCAUACUGCCUUGCCUCAACCUCAGAUAAGUGUGUUACUACGAGUUGCUAUGGUUAAAUGUAAUCUGUGCAGCAAGUGCUUCCCACCUGCAAAGGAGCUGAACACUGAAGCAAAGCUGGCCCAGAACUGUUCCCCUGCCCUCUGAGGUGCAGACACGAGACCAUCUGUAGCUGACUGUGAGCCCCGUGUGUCAGGGCAGGGAGAACUCUGCAGGUGUGUUGAAGACUUUGUGGGUGAGCUCCUUAACAUGGGGAUUGAUGCUGGUGCUUCAGAAACAUAUGCUCUGAAUUAAUGUUUUGUAGAAUAACUGAUUUCUUUCUUGUAUUUUUAAUGUUUUAUCUAACUUAAAUUGAUGCUAUUUUUAUAAAAAGUGCUUUUUUUUUUCCUUUAGUGUGGUUUAGAAGUCCUGAUACAAUUUGACCUUUCAAGGAUUAUAAAAAAAAAAUUAGCCUUGAUAUAAUCUACAUGUAGCAAUAAGUCAGACAAGAAUUCUGCAGCAUUUUUUCUGCUCCUGUCUGCUGCUUUUACCACCUUCUAGUAGCCACCUUUACUUUCAGGGAGAAUAGAUGUAUUAAGUGUGAAUUUUCAUGAACAGAUCAAUUCUAGCAGAAGGUGUCCCUGCCCAUGGCAGGAGUGUUGGAAGUCCUUAAGGUUCCUUCCAGCCCCAACCAUUCGGGGAUUUUUAGUAUACUUGAGGUUCUUGCAUAGUUUGUAUUUUUGAUACGGGGUCACUUAGAUCUAUUUAUGUAUUUGUGAUGCAUGUGAUUUGUAAUGAGGUUCGUGGAACCACAAUGCAGGUUUGGUAACUGCCACAAGACAGAACCAAAACUAAAUAUAUACAACAUCUAUAUUGUUUUCAGUAGAAAUGCUGGUAUAUUUUAUAAUGAAAGUAUUAAAACUUUGAUGCCAUCUUGAUGCUAAUAGGGGAUAUUUUAUGUUUUUGUAUCAAAAACAAUCUGUAAAUUAACCUUUAACCUAAUCUGCUCUUCUGUUACCUGUGCUUUAACACACUGGUGCUAGAAGGGUUCAGGCUUCAAGAUCUUACCCUGGAGGAAAUUGAGCUGCAUUUCAGCUUUGUGCUGACUUCUUCAGAGACACUGCCCUUCUGGAGAAGGGCUGGACCCACACCACGCACAGCAGGAACAAAACAUGCCCUUGUUAAAAACAAGCUGCCUCUGAGCCCUCGAGGCCAAGCACCAUUUCCAGGCUGUGGCAGGGCUGGGGUGGCUGUGAGCAGCACCCUGCACCCCACGGGUGGCUGCAGAGGUACACAAACCAACAGCUGUCUCUUGGCACUUACCCUCUACUAACCCCUUUUCACUAAUGAUCAAUAAAGUUAACUACAGUGCUUGCAAUCUCUGUCUC